CUGGGCCCGUCCGCCCGCCGCAUGGAGCUCCGCGGCUUCUGCAGCGCCGAUGGCUCCGACCCCUUCUGGGCGUGGGAUGUCACGUGGAACACCAGCAACCCUGACUUCACCAAGUGCUUUCAGAACACGUUCCUCGUGUGGGUGCCUUGCUCCUACCUCUGGGUCUGCUUCCCCUUCUACUUCCUCUAUCUCUCACGCCAUGACCGGGGCUACAUUCAGAUGACCUAUCUCAACAAAACCAAAACUGCCUUGGGAUUUUUGCUGUGGAUUGUCUGCUGGGCAGACCUCUUCUACUCUUUCUGGGAAAGAAGUUGGGGCAAAUUCCUGGCCCCAGUGUUUCUGGUCAGCCCAACCCUCUUGGGCAUCACUAUGCUGCUUGCUACCUUUUUAAUUCAACUCGAGAGAAGAAAAGGAGUCCAGUCCUCGGGGAUCAUGCUAACUUUCUGGGUUGUAGCCCUACUGUGUGCCCUUGCCAUCUUCAGAUCCAAAAUCAUGGCUGCCUUAAAAGAGGAUGCUGAAAUCGACGUGUUUCGCGAUGUCACUUUCUACAUUUACUUUUCCCUCGUGCUGAUGCAGCUCGUGCUGUCCUGCUUCUCAGACCGACCACCCCUGUUCUCUGAAACCAUCCACGACCCCAAUCCCUGCCCGGAGUCCAGCGCCUCCUUCCUUUCCAGAGUCACCUUCUGGUGGAUUACAGGGCUGAUGGUCCGCGGCUACCGCCAGCCGCUGGAGAGCACUGACCUCUGGUCCCUGAAUAAGGAGGACACGUCAGAGCAAGUUGUGCCCGUUUUGGUAAAGAACUGGAAGAAGGAGUGUGCCAAAUCCAAAAGGCAGCAGGCGAAGAUGGCGUACUCCUCCAAGGAUCCCGCCAAGCCAAAAGGGGGCUCGCAGGUGGAUGUGAGUGAGGAGGCUGAGGUUUUGAUCGUCAAGUCCCCCCAGAAGGAGCGGGAGCCGUCUCUGUUCAAGGUGUUAUACAAGACCUUCGGGCCCUACUUCCUCAUGAGCUUCUUAUUCAAGGCCGUCCACGACCUGAUGAUGUUUGCCGGCCCAGAGAUCUUAAAAUUGCUCAUCAACUUCGUGAACGAUCAGGAGGCCCCGGACUGGCAGGGCUACUUCUACACCGUGCUGCUGUUCGUCAGCGCCUGCCUCCAGACCCUCGUGCUGCACCAGUACUUCCACAUCUGUUUCGUCAGCGGCAUGAGGAUCAAGACAGCCGUCAUUGGUGCUGUCUACCGGAAGGCCUUGGUGAUUACCAACUCAGCCAGAAAGUCCUCCACUGUCGGGGAGAUUGUCAACCUCAUGUCUGUGGACGCCCAGAGGUUCAUGGACUUGGCCACGUACAUUAACAUGAUCUGGUCAGCUCCUCUGCAAGUCAUCCUUGCUCUCUACCUCCUGUGGCUGAACCUGGGCCCGUCCAUCCUGGCUGGGGUGGCUGUGAUGAUCCUUAUGGUUCCUGUCAAUGCCGUGAUGGCCAUGAAGACCAAGACUUACCAGGUGGCCCACAUGAAGAGCAAAGACAAUCGGAUUAAGCUGAUGAAUGAGAUUCUCAACGGGAUCAAAGUGCUCAAGCUUUACGCCUGGGAACUUGCCUUCAAGGACCAGGUGCUGGCCAUCAGGCAGGAGGAGCUGAAGGUGCUCAAGAAAUCGGCCUACCUGGCAGCCGUGGGAACCUUCACCUGGGUCUGCACACCUUUCCUGGUGGCCCUGUCUACAUUUGCCGUCUACGUGACCAUCGACAAGAACAACAUCCUGGAUGCCCAGAAAGCUUUCGUGUCCUUGGCCUUGUUCAACAUCCUUCGAUUUCCCCUGAAUAUUCUCCCCAUGGUCAUCAGCAGCAUCGUGCAGGCGAGUGUCUCCCUCAAACGCCUUAGGAUCUUCCUGUCUCAUGAGGAGCUGGAGCCCGACAGUAUCGAGCGAAGGACGGUCAAAGAUGGCGGGGGCACAAACAGCAUCACCGUGAAGAAUGCCACGUUCACUUGGGCCAGGAGUGACCCUCCGACGCUAAGUGGCAUCACCUUCUCCAUUCCGGAAGGUUCCUUGGUGGCCGUGGUGGGCCAGGUGGGCUGUGGAAAGUCGUCUCUGCUCUCAGCACUCCUGGCCGAGAUGGACAAGAUGGAGGGAUACGUGGCUGUCAAGGGCUCAGUGGCCUACGUCCCCCAGCAGGCCUGGAUUCAGAAUGAUUCUCUCCGAGAAAACAUCCUUUUCGGCCGCCAGCUACAGGAACGGUAUUAUAAGGCCGUCAUUGAAGCCUGUGCCCUCCUCCCAGAUCUGGAAAUCCUGCCCAGCGGGGACCGGACAGAGAUUGGUGAGAAGGGUGUGAACCUGUCUGGGGGCCAGAAGCAGCGAGUGAGCCUGGCCCGGGCCGUGUACUGUGACUCCGACAUCUACCUCUUUGACGACCCCCUGUCAGCAGUGGAUGCUCAUGUGGGAAAACACAUAUUUGAAAACGUGAUUGGUCCUAAGGGGAUGCUGAGGAACAAGACACGGCUCCUGGUCACGCACAGCAUCAGCUACCUGCCCCAGGUGGAUGUCAUCAUCGUCAUGACCGGCGGCAAGAUCUCGGAGAUGGGCUCCUACCAGGAGCUACUGGCCCGGGACGGCGCCUUCGCCGAGUUCCUGCGCACGUACGCCAGCAGCGAGCAGGAGCAGACUGAGCAGGAUGAAGGGUUGACGAGUGUCAGCAGUCCAGGGAAGGAGGGGAAGCAGAUGGAGAAUGGCAUGCUGGUGACGGAUGUCGCAGGAAAACAGCUGCAGAGACAGCUCAGCAACUCCUCCUCCUACAGCGGGGACAUUAGCCACCACCACACCAGCACAGCUGAGCUGCAGAAAGCCGGGGCCAAGAACGAGGACGCGUGGAAGCUGGUGGAGGCAGACAAGGCACAAACAGGACAGGUCAAGCUGUCUGUGUACUGGGACUACAUGAAGGCGAUCGGACUUUUCAUCUCCUUUCUGAGCAUCUUCCUUUUCCUGUGUAACCAUGUUGCUGCUCUGGCCUCUAACUAUUGGCUCAGCCUCUGGACCGAUGACCCCAUCGUCAACGGGACCCAGGAGCACACUAAAGUCCGGCUGAGCGUCUACGGAGCCCUGGGCAUUUCGCAAGGUAUCUCAGUGUUCAGCUACUCCAUGGUGGUGUCCAUCGGGGGCAUCUUCGCUUCCCGCCGCCUGCACCUGGACCUGCUACACAACGUCCUCCGGUCCCCCAUGAGCUUCUUCGAGCGCACCCCCAGCGGGAACCUGGUGAACCGCUUCUCCAAGGAGCUGGACACGGUGGACUCGAUGAUCCCGCAGGUCAUCAAGAUGUUCAUGGGCUCCCUGUUCAACGUCAUCGGCGCCUGCAUCAUCAUCCUGCUGGCCACACCCAUCGCCUCCAUCAUCAUCCCGCCGCUGGGCCUCAUCUACUUCUUCGUCCAGAGGUUCUACGUGGCCUCGUCGCGGCAGCUGAAGCGCCUGGAGUCGGUGAGCCGCUCCCCGGUGUACUCCCACUUCAACGAGACCCUGCUGGGCGUCAGCGUCAUCCGCGCCUUCGAGGAGCAGGAGCGCUUCAUCCGCCAGAGUGACCUGAAAGUGGACGAGAACCAGAAGGCCUAUUACCCCAGCAUCGUGGCCAACAGGUGGCUGGCUGUGCGGCUGGAGUGUGUAGGCAACUGUAUCGUCCUGUUCGCUGCCCUGUUCGCCGUGAUCUCCAGGCAUAGUCUCAGCGCCGGCUUGGUGGGCCUGUCUGUGUCAUACUCAUUGCAGGUCACCACGUACUUGAACUGGCUGGUCCGCAUGUCGUCCGAGAUGGAGACCAACAUCGUGGCGGUGGAGAGGCUGAAGGAGUAUUCAGAGACGGAGAAGGAGGCUCCCUGGCGAGUCCCGGAGAUGACUCCACCCAGCACCUGGCCUCAGGUGGGCCGAGUGGAAUUCCGAGACUAUGGCCUGCGCUACCGAGAAAACCUGGACUUGGUUCUCAGGAACAUCAAUAUCACCAUCGAUGGAGGGGAAAAGGUUGGCAUCGUGGGGCGGACGGGAGCCGGGAAGUCGUCCCUGACCCUGGGCUUGUUUCGAAUCAACGAAUCCGCAGAGGGGGAGAUCAUUAUCGACGACAUCAACAUUGCCAAGAUCGGCCUGCACGAUCUGCGCUUCAAGAUCACCAUCAUCCCACAGGACCCUGUUUUGUUCUCGGGUUCCCUCCGCAUGAACCUGGACCCGUUCACCCAGUACUCAGAUGAGGAAGUGUGGACGUCCCUGGAGCUGGCUCACCUGAAGGACUUCGUGUCCGCCCUUCCCGACAAGCUGAACCACGAGUGUGCGGAAGGCGGGGAGAACCUGAGCGUCGGGCAGCGCCAGCUUGUGUGCCUGGCCCGGGCUCUGCUGAGGAAGACCAAGAUCCUCGUGUUGGACGAGGCCACGGCGGCCGUGGACCUCGAAACAGACAACCUCAUUCAGUCGACCAUCCGGACGCAGUUUGAAGACUGCACGGUGCUCACUAUUGCACACCGGCUGAACACCAUCAUGGACUACACGAGGGUCAUCGUCCUGGACAAGGGAGAGAUCCGGGAGUGCGGCCAGCCCUCCGACCUCCUACAGCAGAGAGGUCUUUUCUACAGCAUGGCCAAAGAUGCUGGCCUGGUGUGAGCCCUGGAGCUGGUGCAUCCGGUCAGAGCUACAAGGCUGACACGCCGGCGUCCGGGGAUGAUGUACUGGGGCACCAUCCUUGGGAACCCAGGCCUCCUGUUUACUGAAACCAAAAAGAAGAAAGAAAACAAACAAACAAACCCCCAAACCAAAACACACAAAGCAGCUAGCGUCUGGCCCCCGAGUUGGAAUUGGCCGUGAAGAAGUAGGAGAGACACAGAGCUGCAGCCCACCCAGAACCCUCCCGCCCCGCCUCCGUUGCCCUGCAAGAUGCACAGAUGUUCUCAGGCCCCCAGGAACGCACGCGUGUGCUCUCGGUGCUCGGCGGGGAGGUUUCGGCAGCGAGGCUGCCAGAGAAAGUGGUUUCAUAAAAACGCUAGUGACCAAAUCCAGCCAACUGCCUCAGGGCUCUCCAGCCAAAGGCAACGGGUUCUGUCUUUGAGAAGCUCCCCGGCCCCCCCCGAUGGCUGUCCCCGGCACCCCCCAGAGUGCUUGGUCUCUUCAGAGCUGCAGGUGGGAGGUGAGGGGCCAUCCGUUGAGGGCCAAGCACACUCCUCUUACCAGCCAUGUGGUCUUCCAGGCGCUCCGACGCUGGGACCCCACGUCUCAGCCCCGCUCCCCCGGUGCUCGCCUCCCAGGCCAGGGGGCAGCCCCCAUGUCUACGGACUUCUCACUGGCGGGACUUGACAGCACUUCUGGGCCGUGCGGACCCAGGGCUCGUCUGCGCACCGGCUCCCCAGCCUGCGCGUUUGGCUCGUCAUCCAUACUGGUCUUCUCUCUUUCCUCACUGCCCCUUCUCCCGUGGCCGGAAGGCUUUACUGCCCUAGUCCCCGAGAGAGAAGAUCUGCUGAUGGUGAUGAAACGGUCAAGGCCCAGAGCGCUAGGUACCUGCCAGGUAGGACCAGUCGGGGCUGAAAAGAGCCCCGUUGAGUCUCCUCCGUGUGGUUAGAUUUUUUUUUGUUUUUCCUCGCCAUUGGCAUCUGGGUAGCUUGAAGGAUGGCCGCGUGGAGAGCUUGACGUUUCGUGACUGAGUCUCUUCCAGGACAAGAAAAGGGCCUAUUCACGAAUAUCAGUGUUUUCUUUUCCUUUUUUUUUUUUUUUUUUUUUUUUUUGGCUUUUUUGGUUUUUUGGCUUUAAGUGCUGCUCCAAGGGGAAAAACAGUUUCAAGACUUUAAUUUCUUGGGAAGAGGUGCUGGUUGAGGAGCAGCGUUCCCAGGGAGGAGCCACAGCAGCCGGCAGGUGACGGGUGGUCCACGUGUUCCGGGAGGAAAACGGAGAAGCAGAGUCCUUUGCGGUUUCUCAGACCAGAGCGAGACCCAAAACGCAGAGGAAGGUCACUGUUGCUCCGAGAUUCAUACUUGCUAUGAAUUACAUUGCUGACUUCACACCCAGAGAAGCACCUUCCUUCUUUUAGGUGGAAUAUUUAUUUUUUUGUAAGUUAUACCAUUCUUCGACAUUAGAUAAACCAAGUUUUUCUUGGGGAUCUUUUUCUAAUGACACUGGAAACAUGAACAUUUGCAAUAAUUUACAGUAAAAAAAAAUACUUUGUUUCUUACUGAACAAUUGUUCUGUUUUCUUUGGGGUGUUAGCAGAGUGUUCUGCCGUGUCCUUCAGAGUCAGGACGGGUAACCCUCUUGCCUGCUUCUGUUCUUUCUCUUUGGCAAACCCAUUGUCUCCAGUGGGAGCCCUUGUUCGGGAACGGGACCUGAGGGGUGAAGAAGCAGGCGGGGUUUAGUGGGGAGUCAGCCUGGCCCGGUGGACAGAGCCUGGGCUUGAACCCUGCCUUUGCGGUUUGCUAAUAACUGUGUGACUUCGCAUACGUCGCUGGACAUCGGUGCCCCCGCUGCGUGUGUUACAUAGGCCUGAUCGUACCUGUCCUGCAGGGUUGUUGUGGCGAUGAGCAAUGGCAUGUUGGUGGCACACACGACCUUAGUCAUGUAAGACACAAGCCAGGCCAAAGUCCCACGUGGCUAAAAUUAACCGAGAAAAUCCCUUUGUGUCAGCUAGGCCAGGCUAUGCUGUGAGAGCAAAUUAGUGCUGAUCUCUUGGGAAAGGGAACGUCAGGUUAAUUUCUCACUCGUGCAUUCUUUGAUGACCAUCAGAUGCCUCUCUCGGGUCCCUGUCUUCCCUGCAGCGGCAGAGAGACCUAGGCUAUUACGGUCUUAGAGCAUCAGCUCCCAAGGGCCAGCUUCCGGAGGUUGGCACUGCAGGGCAGGGGAAAGCGGGCACAGGAUGAUGCAUCUGUGUUCUUCAUGCCCCAAACCGGAAGCGACACAAGUCCGUUCCACUCAGCCCAUGGGCCAGAGUCAGUCACAUGGCCCCAGCCCCAGCACAAAGGAAGCUGGGAGAUGCAGGGGUGCGUAAGGAAGGGCAGUACCUCCCCAUGUGGUCGUUCCGUGGUUUCUGAGUUGUGGCUUGCAGGGAAAUGAGGCUGGCGUGUUCGGUGUCUUCAGUUUGAAGAACCAGCUGUGUUUGGGGAGCAAGCCUGGGCUGCACCCUGAAACCAGGCCCCAAGUAAUGGCACAGAGCAGGCAUCCUGGCCCUGCCAGGCUGCCCUCCAACAGUGCUUUGUGUCGCCUGGAGCGUGAACGUGUUCAGCAGAGAGGAGCUGGUCAGCUUAUUCCCCUGAGAAGGGAAGUAUUUGGAUGUGCCACAUGGGGGGGUCAGGUCAGUUUUAGAGGUGGGGUCCCAAGUCAGGUCAUAACCAGGUGUCCCAAGUGGGCAACCUGGUGAGUUCCUGUGGGUGUGCGCUGUGGGGUGACCGGUCCUCAGGAGGCUCGUGGGCCUGGGUUCAAGCUCUCGCUCCUUCCUGAAGAGGCCACAUGCAGCCUUAGUCUCAGAGGGGGUGGCGUCAAAAGCCCUGAGGCUGGGGCAGGGGUGCCUGCUCCCCCACUCGUCCAGGUAAGUGCAUCUGUGCUGUGCAAGGAGUAAGGGGGACCUCUCCUGUGUGCCAGGCCCUAGGCUUGGUGCUUAGCCUUGCUCCCGUGGGAGGGGGACCCCAGGCCAGAGGGGAGCGGGGACCUGGAGUGAUGCUUCCCAUGUGGGUCCUACAGCACCUUCUAGCAAAGCACUCAGAAUCUGACCACUUCUCAGCCCUCUGGUGGCUGCCAUGUGGGUCCCUCCCUCGUGCCCGUGACAGCCACCUCAGCGAUUUCCCUGCUGCCCUGGCCACCCUCUCCUCUCCUCCCCCGCUGUAUAGUCUGUUCUCCACCCAGCAACAUCGUGUGCCUUUAAAAACCCCUCCAUCCCAACCCUCCAGUGGUCCCCACCUCUGGCAGCAGCCAGCUACCCUCCACAACCUGGCUUCCCGUGACCUCUGCCCUGAGCUCCCCUCCAGCCACCUCGAAGGCCCCUCCAGCCACAAGGCCUCUCUGCCGCCCUUCCAGCAUGCGGGGCACUGUCCCGCCCUCGGGUCUUCCCUCUUCCCCAGACAUUAGCAUGGCUGGUCGCUCCCAUUUCUUUCACAGUGGCAGCUCACGGAGAGCAAGGCUCUGAUCGGUUUACUCCUUAAUGAAUGCCCUCCCCUAGCACAUCACUCAAGGCCAACGACAGACUGAGCUCUCUGUGCUGGGCCCUGGGACCUGUGUGACAUCUUCAGGGCCUCUAGAACGUACCUUUCAGGAGCUGCAGUUUCUUCACUGGUACAGCUGGGAUCCUCGCGUCCGCCUGGCCAGGUAGGUGCAAGGAAGGAAGCCGAUCCAGGUAAAGCACCCAGCACCACGCCUGGCCCUCAGGACCCCGUCCUACAUGUUGAUGCCUUUCAUUCAUUUGUCCACCUAUCCAUCCAUCAGUCUGUCCGUCCGUCCAUCCAUCCAUUCGUCCCUGCAGUCGUCCUUUAUCGAACACUCCCUCAUGCUAUGUGCCGUGCCGGGUACUGGGAGUCACAGUGAACACAUGGGAACAAAUCCCUUGUUUCAAGAGGGAAAAGACCCAUUCCUUCCCUUCCUGGGGAAGAUGCCCGAGUGGAAUUCAGCUGUCCGCGAGCUGAUGUUCCAGAGCUGAAGAUGUGUGCGUGUAGCAGGUUAGGAUGUGGGCUCUGGAUCCCUGCUUACGCUCUGUGUGCAUUUUCUUGUCUGUAAAAGGGACCUCAUGAAAGUGUCCUAGUCAGCUGAUCACCACGGUGCCUUCCUUCCCCCAUUUUAGGGAUUCCCCGAAAGCCUGUGGCGGGCGUUGGGGCAGGGCUUGGUGAGCGUUUGCUGUGACGCGAGGGGACACAGGAGGGUAAAGGGCCGACCGAGCCAGGCACUGAGCCCAGGUCUGAACGUGGCUCUCCCUGCAGGUGUUGCCCCCCGAGCCCGUGGCACGGUGUCUGGGGAGCUGUGCUGUGCGCUCCUUGGUACCCUCCUCGGUGCUGCUCCCAUGGCACACACACCACUCUGUCCCUGAGAGAGGCCCUGGUGGCCCUUGAAUGACCCUGAGUGCAUUGGCCAAACACACAGCAGCUGCCACUUUGGCCUGCGGUCACCCUGCCUGGAUGUCAGGGGCCCCGCUCCAAGCAAAGUACUGCAUCUUGUUCCCUCCUGUCCUUCCACGCUGGGCAGCACCCCCACACGAUGCCUUGGGCUAUAAAUAGACCCAGGACAGACCUCCCCCCAACCCCGGGCACUCACCAGCUGGGUGGCCUUGGCAGGUCCUGUGAACUCUCUGGGCCUCAUUUUCCACAUGGCCAAAACAGAGUUGGUAGGUACUAGCCAUGGUGGGGCCGGCCCUCUGGAGGCAGGACCGGGGGCAGGCAAGGGAUGCAGCCCUCUGACCCCACUUGGCAGGCGUCCGAAUGAGCCACUGGCCACACCUUGGCAGAGGGACGUAGAAGCUGCCAUUGGAUCGAGAUUUCAUUUCCUCUGGGCUGAAAACCCUACCCUGGCUGGACCAGCAGAAAGUCCCCGUGACUUGGCUGGGACAGGGUGGUGGGGGGCGUUCACAGGCCCUUCCGGACGCACCCACAACAGCCACUGUCCAUGUAUCUGGAUGACCGCUGGGCUGGGUGAGCCCGGUGCCUCUCAGCUGUGUGGCUGGUCCCCCAGGGGACACUUGGCAGCUCUGGAGUUCUCUUCGUCACACCUGGAGGGGACAGUGCUUUGGCAUCGAGUGACAAGAGACCAGGGAUGCUGCUGAACGUCCCACAGCGCACGACCCAGAAUUACCAGCCCCACUUCAAUAGCGAUCGGUUAAAGAAACAUCCCGGCGUGUACGGCCUCUGCCCCACAGAGGACCCAAGGAGGGCCUCCAACAGAACAGCACUGACACAAACGGUGGAAGUUGAUUGAGCCCGUGCUUUGGGCCCAGCUCAGCUCAGAGCACUUCCACGUACUAACUUUGUCCCUGCAGCGACGUCAUGAGGUCACGGAAGAACCCUGGGCUGCCGGAAAGUUCAUCUGAGGCGCAGACCCAUUUCUCAUGCCGCCCUUCACCUCUGUGUGUCCGCGUGACCUCAGGCUUGGCUGUCUUAGACUCUGUCCCUCUUGCCCCACACCUGCUGCCAGCUUUAGCCACACUGUAUUAGGUUCCCAACUGCUGAGGGAAAUAGGCCCGAGCCCCAUGGUGCGUGGUGCUGGUCCUGGCCCUGGACGGAAGCAAGCCUGGCCCAUCUCCGCCGUGGACCUUGGGCUUCCAACGGUCUCCCGGAGA